AACUGGGUGGGUGUAAAAUUGCUCGAGUAAAAUACCAUAUCGUGUGAAAGUGAAACCGUCACAUUCACAAGGGGUUGGGAGGAACAUGAUACCGUCGGAACCUAAUCCAACAACCACCGGCAACCCAGCUACUCAAUGGCUGGCGGGACCAAACCCCGGCAAGCUCGGUAGUAGCAGCGCUCAACUGAACCGUUGGUCCAGAGCUCGAGUGAUCAGAUCCGGCCGGAAGCUAGACCGCCCUGCUCAACGUAAACAAGAGCAGCACACCGAGGUCGAUGAUCAGCAGUUGCAUCGGUUAGAAGGUACCAAUCUGUCUAUUUCUAGUUCGUAUUGUUCUUCUUCAUCUUCCGAAGAUGGUACUGGAGGAGAGACGGAGGAGACACCAGGUACAGGGAAGGAGAUAUUUCUGGUUUCCGACGGCUCAGGACGAACGGCGGAGCAUUCUGUUAACGCGGCGUUGGGUCAAUUUGAGCAUUUUUUGGUUGACCGUGGCUGUCCAGUUAAUACUCGAUUGUUCUCUGGGAUUAAUGACGUAGAUCGGCUCAUGGAAAUCAUAAUACAAGCCGCCAAAGAACACGCGAUACUCAUUUACACACUAGCAGACGAAAAAAUGGCCAACUCAGCUCGCCAAGCAUGCAAAACAUGGGGAGUCCAAUCCACAGAUGUCCUUCGCCCAAUCACAAAAGCCAUCGCAUCCCAUUUAGGCGUUUCACCUUCCGGGCUGCCCCGAGGUGCCCCGGGCAGGAAAUUUCCCCUGACCGAAAACUACUUCAAGCGAAUCGAUGCCAUUGAGUUUACCAUAAAACAAGACGAUGGAGCUCUGCCUGAGAACUUGCCAAAAGCAGACAUUGUUGUUGCGGGUGUUUCAAGAUCCGGGAAGACUCCAUUGUCGAUUUAUUUGGCUCAAAAAGGGUAUAAAGUUGCGAAUGUGCCGAUUGUUAAGGGGGUGGAAUUGCCAAAGAGUCUAUUCUUGGAGGUUGACCAAAAUAAGGUCUUUGCGUUGACUAUAAAUCCGGUUAUGUUGCAAACUAUAAGACGAGAAAGAGCGAAGAGCUUAGGAUAUGUUAGAGAUGAGAAAAGUAAUUAUGCGGAGAUGAUGCAUGUGAGGGAGGAGGUCGACUAUGCUAGCAAGAUUUUUGCAAAGAAUCCCACUUGGCCGGUUAUUGAAGUGACCGGAAUAGCAAUUGAAGAAAUCGCCGCUAUUAUAUUGAGACUCUACCAAGACCGGAAACAUGGGUGCUCCAUGCCAACAAUCUCAAAGCUCUACUAGGAUUGUCGAAAAACUUUGUUUCUCUCUCUCUCUCUCUUUUUUUUUUGUAUUAUUUAUUAUUAAUAUUAUUUUUUAAUCGUGAAAUGUUGUUUAGAUACUGUGUUAUGUUGAUAAAUGAUGUUUAAAAAAUAUAAGUGAAACCAGUGGCGGAGUGGCGGACCUGGAC